AACCUCGCGCCGCACUCCACCACCAGACCAGACCAGAGCGCCCGUAAACGGAAGCCGACGCCACCGAGAGCGGCCAGCCGAACCCGAUGCCGCCGCCCAACUCCUCCCUCCCGCUCGCCGCCGCCCCCAUGUCCGACCCCUCCCCAUACCCCUCCCCGCCCCCCAACCCCCUCGCCGCCGCCUCCUCCUUCCUCCACCACCACCUCUCCAGCCUCGCCUCGCGCUUCGCCGCCCCGCGCCCCGCGCUCGCCGCGGCGCGCCCGCCGGGGCCCCACGGCGCCGCCGCCCAGCCCCUCGCGCUCGGGCCCGACGAGGUCGCGCGCGCGCUCACCGGCACGCCCGUCUUCACCGUCUGCAACUCCAGCAACGAGUUCGUGCUCGUCUCCGACCCCGCCACCGGCCUCCGCUCCCUCGGCCUCCUCUGCUUCCGCUCCGAGGACGCCGACGCCCUCCUCUCCCAUGUGAGGACGCGGCAGCCGGUGUUAGGGAAGGGGGCAAAAGUGGUGCCGAUUACGCUAGAUCAGGUUUAUAUGUUGAAGGCCGAAGGUAUCGCAUUCCGCUUCUUACCUGAUCCACUUCAAAUAAAGAAUGCACUGCAGUUGAAAUCUGGCUUAACUGGUUUUGAUGGUGUCCCUGUUUUUCAGUCAGAUCUAUUGGUCGUUAAGAAACAGAAGAAGCGCUAUUGUCCAGUAUACUUUCAAAAGGAGGACAUAGAAAGAGAGCUUAGAAAGGCGUCUAAAUCUUCGAAAGGAUCAGCCUUAUCUAAGCAAAUUAUGGUUGGUAGUUUGGAGGAUGUCUUGAAGAAAAUGGAGAUUAACGACAGAAAUUCUGGUUGGGACGACUUAAUCUUCAUACCACCUGGAAAGAGUCUCAACCAACAUAUCAAUGAGGUAUCAGCGUAGUUUUGUUGUGCAGUGAUAGCACGGAGUUUGAGCACACAUAUUUUUUCACUUGAAAUGCUGUGAUGGCCAGCCUAUCAACUAUAUUAAGCCGCUGCCGGAGCUUUUUUUUUCCUCUUAAUAAAUAAUUCACGGUUAGCUCUGUAAUGAAAAUUUUCAAGGUCAAGUGAUAAAUAUGGCUGUGAUUUUUUUCGCCA